AAAGGAAAAAAAAAACAGAGGGCUAAAAAUGGUGAUUUGGAAACUGCUGUUGGAUUAUAAACGACAUUAUUUCCGUGUAUAUUGGAUCUAUACAUUCACAUGUCUACUAUAUUUCUUAGAUUACUCACAUGGAGGAUAUCAGGAGAUUGAAGAUGAGCUUCAUGAUCAUGACUCACAAAAUAUGAUUCCAACAGAAGAUCCAUUUAAGCUCUUAACGAAUUUAAAACGUUUAGAACCAUAUUUUGAUCCGAAUGUUAAUCAAAAUGUAACAGCGCUGGUUGGGAAAUCGGCUUAUUUAAAUUGUGUUGUAAAGAAUUUAGGAAAUAAAACAGUAUCAUGGAUUCGUGCGAGAGAUCUGCAUAUUUUGACAGUUAGUACAUACACGUACACAACAGAUUUGCGUUUUCAAACGACUCAUCAUCGUACAACAGAUGAAUGGACAUUGCAAAUUAAAUGGGUCCAAAAGCGUGAUGCUGGAUUAUAUGACUGUCAAGUGUCAUCCCAGCCGAUUAAAAGCUAUUCUGUAUAUUUAAAUGUAAUUGAUCUUGCCGAUAGAAAGAUGAUGAAUAGACGAUUCCAUUUGCCAUAUGAUGACUUCAUAUCAACUCAAUAUGAUGAAUAUCAAUCCUCUUCUUUAUUUCAUUUGUCAGCCAGCGCUGCGCACAAUAGUGAUAUAUAUGGAAGAAUGUAUUCGGAUCGAAUUCAUCUUGUCCCUACAGCAGUUAUCAUAGGCGGUCCAGAAUAUUUUAUUAGUAAGGGCUCUACAAUUAAUCUCACAUGCAUCAUCAAAUAUUCUCCAGAUCCACCAAAUCACACAUACUGGCAUUUCAAAAAUAAGAUUUUAAGUUUCGAUUCGGAACCGAGAUUGUCGCAAUUAAGCGAGAAUGGUGACACAUUUACAAAUUAUCUCCUGAUAUCAAAUGUGAAUUCAAACGACAGUGGGAAAUACACUUGUGCUCCAUCGAAUGCUGAUCCAGCAUCUAUUAUGGUUCAUGUUGUGAAUGGUAAGUGCUUCAAAUUACAUGCUUACCGCAUUUUAAUUAAUUGUACUAUUUCCCAUUACUUUUCCAUUUUCUUCUUACUCUUCUCAUCAUACACAGGAGAAAAUCCCGAAGCUUAUUCAAGUUCAUCACAAUUGUCGAAAUGUUGUUAUGCGCCUUACACGUUUAUCACAUUGUCACUUCUCCUUCAUUUAUUAUAUAAUUAUACUGUCGUGUUAAGUAGAAAUUCAACGAAAUUAGAUAACAGUUAUGAUAACAACGUUAAAAGUCACAUGAAUCUUGAAGAAAUUAGAUGACAAACUUCAUUUGCUGAAUUUCUUAAACUCAAAUAAAUAAAGGAACUUUACAGUUACGAAGCGAUUGGAAUAAGCAACUUUCUCCUUUCCUCAUUAAAAUAAUUUUGUAAACACGAUUAAUGUUCAUUCACAAUGUCGAUAAUGUUGUAGAUACAUCUAAGAUUUUAAACCUACAUAAAAUGAAUUAUGGUUUCUUUUUAUAAUUUAGAAGUCAUUAAAUUAUGAAACAUUGCU